AGGCACCCUCCAAUCGUCGGGCGGCGCCACCAGCGCGCUGCCAUCUGCGCCACCAACGGAGGUGUCGCCAAACACGAAGGCGCUCCGUUCGUUGUUGCCGCCAUGCUUGCAUUGCCGGUAUUGCUUCCCGUGGUUCGCGUAUCCGUGAUUUCAACGCUUCUGAACGGUGCAACGCGCUAGCUUUUUCUGUGGACAUCGUUCUGCUACGUUUGCAGCAACCUUCACUCUUGGAUUUGCCAUUAUCGCUUGUGAUCAUCAAGUGAGAGACCGCCAACACCCGCGAUGUCGCGGGUUCUGCAUUGCGGCUUCAAGUCGGUUGAUGGCCUCGACCAACACUUUCGGCCAUCUAUACUACGGAAAGGACGCCGCUUGUUUGAAAACAAUCAUGUGUACGGGGUCCGCGAAGUGGACGAAACUGACGUCUCCGCAAAAUGCCUUUCCCAACAGAGCAAGCACAUGUACGAGGUUGGUCUCAAGCUGACGAUGCAGCCGCGGAAAAUUGAGAGCGGCGUGUGCACUUGUCGGUACGGCAGCAUGGGAAACUGCAAGCAUUGUGCCGCAGUUGCUUUUUAUUUAAACGACUUUAAUCACGCAUCUUGCACGAGUGCGCCACAAACAUGGGGAAAGCCUGCAGGGAAGCCACUGCUGAACGACAAGGCCAGCAUUGGAGAACUGUUUGGAGGUGGCACAAAGAAAAAAGAUUCCGAAUCAGCAGCACUACUGGGCACACAGUACUUCACGCUCGACGGAGUCCAGAGGAAGUUGCGAGGGCCAUCCUGCAUGCGAGGGCAUUUUCUUCCGAGGCUACGGCAUAUGGUCUUCGCACUGAGCCCCUGGCUCGGAUGGAGUUCGAGCGUCAACAAGGUGUUGAAGUUGUGGAGAUGGGUCUGCUCAUCCACCCCGACCAGCCUUGGCUGUGUGGCAGCCCAGAUGGUAUAUUUUGUUUGGCUGGAAAAACACACCUUCUCGAAAUCAAAUGUCCACACAAGUGCAAACAAAAUGAGAUGUUCAACAGCUCAGGGAAGAGCAUCCUUGAAUACAUUCAGGGGACUUGCAGUGAUCCGAAACUUAAGAAGUCGCACAGAUAUUACACCCAAGUGCAAAUUUUAAUGUACUUGCUGAAUGUAACGAAAUGUUUCUUUUUUGUCUACUCGAAGAAAGAACACCUGACUAUUCAUGUUGGCAGGGAUGACUCCUUUCUGCAAGAGGCGAUACCAGGCCUUGAGAAGUUUUUUUUCAGCUGGCUUCUGCCUGCUGCAGCAAAAUAAAAUGUGUUCAUUGGGA